UGAAAUAACUUUUCAGUAUUAGUCAAAUAUUUCAAAAUGAAAACUUGAGUAAAUUUAUAAAAAAAAACUUCUAAAUUAUAAAUCUAACAGUUUUGGCAUAAAUGAAACGCACUUGAGGCCGAGGCAUUUUAAGGAGUUGCAUAACUCAUUAAAAUACAAUAUCCGAAUGACUAUAUAAAGCCUCGACGGGUUGGCUCACAAAUUUUACUCUUUUGCCACACGUCCGUGAAAAGUUACGCAAAAUGCAGACGAGCAAAAUUGAAAUAUACGCGGCCGUUGCAUUGUUAAUGCUGCUGGCGAUGCUGUGUCCCGCCCAGGCCGCCUACAAUUGUUCGGCGCCACCGAGCUUCAACAAUUUCGACGUAAACUCGUGCUGCCGGACGCCGGAAAUCAAUUUGGGCAACGUGCCACAGAAAUGUCAACAGCACGUGAAUCAGCUGAAGUCGGCCAAUCCAAAAUAUCCAGCCUUUGCGCAUCUGUGCUAUCCGGAGUGCGUUUAUAGGGAGACAGGCGCCCUGAUCAACGGUCGUCUGCAAAUGGACAAGGUGCGCGAGUAUUUGCAGGACCAUGUGCAUCGACGUGAUCGCGAGGUGGUGCCACACAUCGUGCGCUCCUUCGAUACAUGCCGCAAAAACAUUCAUGGUCAUUUGAAGUCCGCCAACCUGGAGGGCUAUAAAGUAUUGCCCCAGGGCUGUUCGCCCUAUGCUGCCAUGCUAUAUAGCUGCGUCAAUGCGGAAACCUUCCUCAAUUGCCCCGCCAAGCUGUGGAAGUCAGACGAGCAAUGCCUUGUGGCCAAGCAAUUUGCCCAGCAAUGCAAUCCGCUGCCCCAUGUGCCACUGCCCAAGAGCUGAGCAGCCUUAAAAUAUUUUGAAAUAUCUAUUGGCUAAAUAUAAAUAAUAAAAAAAAUGCUUACUUUAA